AUGAGGCUGAUCUUGUUUGGGACUCUGCACGCCAAGGACAACCCCUGUGCCUCUCUGUCCAGUGUCACUGUUGCUCUUUGCGUCAUCACCGUCCUCCUGAUGGCCAUCAGGGGCCGAAAAAGCCACAAAUCCUUCUUCCACCUCCACCAGGACGCCCAGCUGGAUUACACAAACUGCCCCCCUCCUCCUGGCCCCACGCCGUGGCCUCUGGUUGGAAACCUGCUCCAGAUGGGAAAUCAGAUCCAUCUUUCUUUGACCCACCUGAGCCUCCAGUAUGGUGAUGUUUUCAAGGUGCAGUUGGGCUCACUCACUGUUGUGGUUCUGAGUGGAUACACCACCAUCAAGCAGGCGCUGGUCCGACAGGGCGACGCCUUCGCCGGGCGACCCGACCUUUUCACCUUCUCUGCCGUGGCCAAUGGGACCAGCAUGACUUUCAGUGAGAAGUACGGGCCGGCGUGGCUGCUCCAUAAGAAACUGUGUAAGAACGCCCUCAGGUCGUUUUCCCAGGCUGAACCCCGGGGGUCUGGUGCCAGCUGCCUGCUGGAGGAGCACGUUUCUGCUGAGGCUGCAGAGUUGGUGAGGGUGAUCGAGGAACUGGCCGCCAAAGGGGAAAAGGACUGUGAUUUGAAGGGCGUAGAUCCAGUGAUGCCUCUGGUAACCUCGGUGGCAAAUGUUGUCUGCGCACUCUGUUUUGGUAAAAGAUACAACUACAACGAUAAAGAGUUUCUCACCAUUGUGCACAUCAACAAUGAGGUCCUGCGGAUCUUUGCAGCAGGCAACCUGGCAGAUUUCUUCCCUGUUUUUCGCUAUUUUCCAAGUCCUUCUCUGAGGAAGAUGGUCCAACACAUUCGCCGAAUGAAUGGAUUCAUGGAACGCAGCAUUGAGGAGCACAUUAAUACCUUUGAUAAGAACUGCAUCAGGGACAUCACUGACGCUCUGAUCGCACUUUGUCAAGACAGAGAAGAAAGUGAAGACACCUCUUCGCUCUCUAACUCACAGAUCAUCCACACUGUCCUCGACAUCUUCGGAGCAGGAUUUGACACCAUCAUUGCUGGGUUACAGUGGAGCCUGUUGUACCUUAUCAAGUUUCCUGACAUCCAGGACAGAAUACACCAGGAGAUAGAUGACCACAUUGGCGCGGCUAGACUGCCCGGGUUUUCCGAUAAGCCCAAGAUGCCUUUCACAGAGGCUUUUUUAUACGAGGUGUUUCGUCAUGCGUCUUAUGUCCCUUUCACCAUACCUCACUGCACCACAAGGAACAUCAGCCUGAAUGGAUAUUUCAUUCCUAAAGACACCUGCAUCUUUAUCAACCAAUACCAAGUCAAUCAUGACAGGGAUAUCUGGGGCGACCCUGACACAUUUCGUCCUGAUCGUUUCCUGGGUCACUCUGGACUCCUCAACAAGGAGCUGAUUGACAAGGUUCUCAUCUUCGGCAUGGGAAAGAGACGCUGCCUCGGUGAUGAAUUUGCUCGCUUGGAGAUGUUUGUCUUUCUCACUACGCUGCUUCACGGGCUGCGUAUUGGGAAUGUUCCAGGCCAGGAGUUGGAUCUCAGUGCUGACUUUGGUCUGACCAUGAAACCGCAUCCAUACAGGAUCACUGUCUCCUCGAGGUUUUAG